GAGGGCAGUUAAUACGGAUUGCACUGCAUUUGAUGCGCUACUGCCCAAUUCACACCCAAACUACCUUUGUAACAUCUUUUUUGUAGCUGUAAUGUCUUAUUAACAGUAAAAGUUUCGUUCUGGUGUACAUCAGUUUUGUUUUCCAACUGCCGAAGAACCGUAGACAUUUCUACUAAAAAUAAAUACCGUAAAUCACCCAAUAGCAUAACUUCACGCAUAGCACGGAGUAUGCCUGCGGGCCAUAAAGCGCUGGAAUGUGGACGGGACUGCCGGCAAACGUAUUUAACGCAUCGAACCGCCCAGUUUUAAUUCGGCCGCCUUUGAAAGCGAAUGCGCGUGCGCUCCGAGCGUGCUCACCGCGUCAUUUGCGUCAUGUGACCAAACUGCGUAGCAACCAACUUGACGACAAGAUAGCUACGUACUGUCUGACCGCCAUGGCCCUAAGCGACUGCCCCAGGAUAGAAAAUUAGAAUGUUUUAACAUCAGUGAAUUGUAAUCAUUGUUGUGGAGGAGGGACGGGAGCAUGGGAUUUGUGUCUGCAAGCAUGAACGGAAAUAAAGCCUUCUUCCCAGGAACUUCCAGCAAACUAAUCAGCAAGUGUCUAAUUCAGGACCAUAUGCUCUCACAUUACAAAAAGGUUUUAUCUGCAAAAGCUGCUGUCGAUUGCUCAGCCCCUCGAAGUCUAAUUACAAGUAUUAAAUACUGUGACCAAAAGAGAAAAGAAAAAAAUCUGCAAAAUCUGGCCAGUUAUGAAAGGGAGAUACCUUCUGCUCAUUCAUCACGAAGAAACUCAAGUGCUUGGAGGCCUUCUUCAGCUAACAACCCAAAGAACAAUGAGAAAAGCAGUGGAUUUGAAGAAUUUUACCCAAACCAGGAAAGUACACAAUCAUUUUCCCCAAGAUAUAAAUGCUACCAUUCAAAACAAAAAUUUAAUCAAUCAAAGACUUGCCCCAUGAGAAGCAGUUCUCAGACUGAUGUUGACUAUUCUUCAGAACUAAGUUAUGGAAGUUCAUUUCCUCGAAGAAAUAACUCGGCUUCAUCCUAUAGUUCCUCUGAAAGCAAGAAUACAUAUCGAUCAUUUCAGGAUCCAAAACAAAAAACAUAUAGCGGGGACCUUCUAGAAAAGCACUCUAAUCAUUUCACGGAGCACCAGCCAUUUGCACCUAGAACACUGAAAAAGGACUCCCAUUCUUUUCUGUCACAGUACAGGUAUUAUGCUGCUCCUAGAAGAAAAAAAGUCAAAGAGAGAACUACAAGAAUGGUAGACCAUGACACACAGACAGAUCAAAUAAGCAUGACCUCAGAUGCUGACAUAAAAGAUAAAACUGAGCUGUUGGAAUCGGACUGGAGCAAGAAGGAGGCUGCAUAUAAAGAAGGACUGACACUGGAUGAUAAGUCAGGUUUGAAUAAAUAUUUAGGUCCUUCCAGUACUCGCAUGCAGCAAAGUGCAGAAUAUGAUCUAAUGUCUUCUCCACUGAGAUUGUCAAUUUCUGAUCGUGUGACCUCCCCAGUCAUGAGGAAGGUGAAAGCAGAAGAGGAAGAAAUACAGUAUCUAGAAUUUAUUGCAAACCUAACAAAUGAAAUUAUAACAAUGGGAUUGUAUUCAGAUAGGGUUUUGGAGCGUGUAUUUCACAGACAUGUUGAACAGAAUAAACAUCGAUUAGAUGAAGGUAAAAUGCACCACCUGAUAGAUGUGCUUCGAGAAGAUCUUGGCAUCAGUGCCAGUGUCAUAAAAACUAGAGAGACCCGAGGCUUUUCAAAGAAGACUGCACAUUUAGACUUUGGUCUUGAAGAAGAUCAUAGCUUAAGCUUACAGACUGAAGAAACAAAUGUUUCCAGUUCACCCCGUUUAUAUGCCAAGGAGAGUUUUUCAACUAAAUUACCUGAAGGAAAUUCGGAUCAAUUUAAUAACCAAGAACCUGAAAUCCUCCAAGAAGAAUUCCAAAGAGAAGAAGAUGUCACAUUGACACUUGAAAAAAACACAGCACAAGAUGAAAUUGAUGUUGAUGCUUCAGGAAACCUAAAGGAUGUUGAAGUUCUGGAGCAAAGUUUAGCAGAAUCAUUGUUUAUAUCUAGUAAAAAUGAGUCUUUGGAAAUUUCAUUGGAGCCCUGUUAAAUAAUUUAGAGUUUGAGUUUGUGAAUUUAACAUGUCUAUUUUUGUUAGCAGAUACAUUGCCUAUACAAAUAUUUACUUUGUUUGAAGUUUUCAGGUGUUUUUGGUUAUCCAACAUUAAUCACUGUGGAUUUCACUUGGCUUUUUUGAUAAUGAUUAACAGAAAAAAGACUCCUAAGUAAAAGUCAAAAUGAAAACAGACCACUGUGAAGUGCUGUAAAUUAAUUACAAAUAUAAAACGCAACAUAAUUAAUCACAUACAGUACAUAUUCACCCCUUUUUAAUUAUCAAAGUCAAAAGCCAAAUUAAAUCCCCUGUGAUUCAACAAUAAAAAAUGAAAACUCUGAAGGGGAUGAAUAUGUUUUAUAGGCACAGUAUAUAUUUAUUAAUAAUGUAUAUUAUUUAGGACUUGAUGUAAGGAUGUGUAAUUGCUGAUGUCACACGGUCCUAUCGGUAUUAUGCUAAGUACUUGGCUGCCUUAUGUCGAAUUAGGGUGUUCAUUUUGUGAGAGCACUGAUUGCCCCUCACUGUCAUUAUAACAGAUAUGGAGUCGGGCUUGAUUGACAAUUCUUGGAUGAUCCAUCAAAUGACAACCCAGUGUCAAGUGGAGAACUAGUCAAAAACAGAUUUUCUAAAGUCAUUGAAAGAAGUAAUAACUACUUACAAAGCUUGACUACAGUACAUUAAUUUUCAAAUGUGACUUUUAUCAUGCUAAUUAUGAAAUGUUCAAGAGCUACUGUUAGAUGCUGGAAAUUUAUAUGUGAAAGAAUGUUAAACUGCCUAUAUAUUUUUGUUGUUAUUAAAAUAAACCUUAUUCUGAUAUUA